AUGCUGGCGCGUGCAGGACGCGAGGUCCUGGUGUGCGAAUCCCACAGUGUUCCUGGCGGGGUGGCGCACUCGUUUUCCAGAAACGGCUAUGAGUUCGACAGCGGGCCGAGUCUACUUUCCGGGUGUUCGACUCCGGUGUCCGCCAACCCCCUUCGGUUGGUGCUCAAUGCCUUGGGAGAGGACUGCGAUUGGGCCACCUAUCCUGGCUGGCGAAUGGUCACGCCUGAUGGCGACUUCGAGUUCAAAGUUGGAGACGAGGCCCAUUGGGAGGACAUCGUGGCCCGCUUCGGCACUCGGAAAGCUGUGGAGGAAUGGAGGGCUCUCAUGGCCAUCACCAAGCCUUUGGGCGAGAUCUCCAAGAGCAUUCCCGCUGCAGCUUUGCGUGGAGAUUUGGGGGCCGUGCAGACGCUUCAGCGCUUCUUCCCCCGACUACCUGCUUUGCUUCUGAACGGCCCCAAGUUUCAGGCUCCCUUUUCGGAUUUGCUCCGCGAUGCAGGUGUUCAGGAUACCUUCCUGAAGAAGUGGAUGGAUUACAUCUGCUUCGUUCUGCAGGCUCUGCCCGCCGACACGCAUCCCAGUGCUCCAGUGGCAUACAUGAUUUCGGACAUGUAUGAGCCGGGUGCGUUCCUGGACUACCCAAGGGGUGGUAUGGGGGCGCUGAUCAGUGCUUUAGAGCGUGGCGUGACAAAGCAUCGUGGGCGGAUUCGCUACAAUGCUCAUGUUGAAGAGAUAGUGGCAGCACGGGGCAAGGCGAAGGGUGUCCGUCUGCGAAGUGGCGAGCGGAUCUUGGCAAGAGAGGCCGUAAUCAGCAACGCGAGUGUUUGGGAUACGGCCAAGCUGCUGCCAGAAGGCACGCGCUGGCCUAUGCCAAAGCCUGUCGAGUGUGGCUCCUUUAUGCACUUGCACCUGGGCUUGAAUGCCAAGGGGCUGCCCAAUGACAUGCCCCUACACUACAGCGUGAUCCGUGACUGGAAGGAGCCCAUAGAUGCGACUGGGAAUGUCGUCAUCAUCAGCGUUCCAAGUGUCGUCAAUCCAAGUCUCGCCCCUGCCGGGAGACAUUGUCUCCACGCAUACCUAGCUGCAACCGAGCCUUACGAGCUGUGGCAAGGCAUGAAGCGCGGUAGUUCCGAGUAUGAAGCCUUCAAGCGCGAAAGGGCCGCGCCACUUUUCGAAGCUGUCGAAAAGGCAGUGCCCGGGGCCUGCGAGAACAUCGAGCUGGAACUCAUCGGCUCCCCACUGACCCAUGCCAGGUUCAAUCGAAGGCAUCGAGGCACCUACGGCCCGUUCAUGCCCUCGAGUGCUGGCAUGCUGCCGGGGCCGUCCACGCCGGUUGAUGGUUUGCUGUGCUGUGGGGACAGCACCUUUCCCGGAAUCGGGGUUCCCGCUGCGGUCGCCAGUGGCUGCGCGGCUGCGAACGUGCUGCUGUCUGUGGAGGAGCACCUGGAGGCGACGUUACUCGAAGCUCCAAAAAAUCUCCGAGAGCACUUUCCAAUAGCCUUUGCUGAUCCCGUGGUGGCAUGCUGGUGUGCGUACGCACGACUAUGCUUGCGAUGGGGCACUGCUGGACCCAGGCGCUGA